AGUUGGUAAGCAUUUUGAGAACUUUGUUCGAUGCAACGUAUGAUGAUUUAUGUAGACAAAAGAUAAAACCGUAUCUUCAACUAUUGCCAAGAAAAGAUAAAACCUAAUCUAGUCAGUCUCUCAACAUAAAUACAACCCAAUAGCCAAACUGUGUCCAAUUCGGAGAGAAACUAAACUAAAACAAAACACAAAAGCCCAACAUAAGCCCAAUAAAACCCAUUUUAUAAACAGAACAUUACUAACACUCAUUUUUAGGGUUUAUUCUUCAUUGCUUGAGCUUCCUUCUCUUCUUCUUCUUCAAGCCGCGGCUAAAGAUCCCUACUUCUCUCGACACUUAUAGAGUUUCAGUCAUGGCCGCCUCCGCAGAAAUCGACGCUGAGAUUCAACAGCAGCUUACCAAUGAGGUUAAGCUCUUCAACCGUUGGAGCUUUGAUGACGUUUCGGUUACGGAUAUUAGUCUUGUGGACUACAUUGGUGUUCAGCCAUCGAAGCACGCAACUUUUGUUCCCCAUACUGCUGGACGAUACUCUGUGAAGAGGUUCAGAAAGGCGCAGUGCCCAAUUGUUGAGAGGCUCACUAACUCUCUCAUGAUGCACGGAAGAAACAAUGGUAAGAAGUUGAUGGCUGUCAGGAUCGUCAAGCAUGCCAUGGAGAUUAUCCACCUCUUGUCUGACUUGAACCCGAUUCAAGUUAUCAUUGAUGCCAUUGUUAACAGUGGUCCACGUGAAGAUGCUACCAGGAUUGGAUCUGCUGGUGUGGUUAGGAGGCAGGCUGUUGAUAUCUCUCCUCUAAGACGUGUGAACCAAGCGAUCUUCUUGCUUACAACUGGUGCACGUGAAGCUGCCUUUAGAAACAUCAAGACAAUCGCUGAGUGCCUUGCUGAUGAACUCAUCAAUGCUGCAAAGGGAUCUUCCAACAGCUAUGCCAUCAAGAAGAAAGAUGAGAUUGAGAGAGUUGCUAAGGCCAAUCGUUAAGGGAUCUCCCUUUCCUCUAAGUUUGCAUUAUAUCAAAGAGUUUUUGUGUUGUUUCCAUUAGCUUUGGAUAUGUUUCAGAUGAUCUCUCUAUCUUUAAUGAAAUUUUGACGCUUAUAAUCGACUUGGGAUCUUGAUCAUCAAACGGUUUCAUAUUUAAAAUUAUUUCAUCUAUAUAUUUUUCAGUUUAAAGUGCUAUAAAUCAUGGU